AUGCCUGAAUCAGCACCAAACUGGGAUUUUCUCUUCAGCGACCCCAAUUUCAUCAAGUCAUAUGAAAAUGGCGAAAGAGUCACUGGAACGUUUGCUGAGACUCUUAUCGAACAGAGUGACAUUGUGGCCGGCUCAAAGGCGGACCCAGAAUGCUCGCUGGUCAUACUAGACAAUGCCUGUGGUACUGGCGUGGUCUCUAGCAUUCUCCAUCGUGAUAUCGAUGAUCACGUCAAGGGAAAUUGGAAAGUCACAUGUGGUGACAUUGCGGAAGGGAUGCUGCAGUAUGCUCGCCGUCGUGUUCAGAGAGACAAAUGGAUAAAUUCCGAUGUCAAGACCGUGGAUGUACAAGACACCAAGCUUCCAUCAGGUCAUUUCACACAUGUCUUCACAUCUUUCGCCUUUAUGGCCGUUCCUCGAAGUUUGACAGCCUUGGACGAAACCACUCGCAUUCUACAGCCAGGAGGAGUCAUUGGGUUCACCACCUGGAUUCAGCCUGGUUGGGUUCCAAUCAUGAAGAAAGCAAUCGACCUUCUGCCGGGUAGAUUGCCGUGGCCAACUGCGGAUGAGUUUCUGAGAACCUUAGGCGAGGGUAAACUUUGGGAUUCUCCGGCAUGGAUCGAAAACCAACUCAAAGAACGAGGCUUUUGUGACAUCAAUGUCACCUCUGUCACAAAAAGCAACCCCGUCUCGGUAUCCGACUUUGUGGAUAUGGCCAUGUUCAUGGUACCCAUCGUCAUCGAGUAUUUCUGGUCAGAGAAGAUGCGACAGGAAAGCAAGGACAAGAUCAAACCAGUUCUGGAGAAAUACCUUAUCGAUACAUACGGGGAGAAUGGGGAAGUGUCUGGGGAAUGGAUGGCUAUUGUCUCCACCGCUCGAAAGGCCAGCCCUUGA